AUGAAUGAUUCUUUCGUUGUAGAGAAAUGUGGAAUAAAGUUUUCGCCAGCAUCAAUUGUUAUUACGUACAAGGGAGUCGAAAGAAAGGAAAGACUUCGCAUAAGAAUAGUACCUGUGCGCAACAUCAACUCUCAAUCUACUGCUCGAGGAAUAGUGGAAAAUUUAAAACUUUCCUCGAGUUAUAAAAAUCUCGUUGAGAAGAUUCCAAUUCAGCAGCUGGAGAAUUUAAUUCAGAUGCUCAUAGACAGCAAAAAAAAUAUUGACAAAAAAGAAAUAAUUUCUAAGGCAAGAAAGAUGAUGGAAAUUGAUCCAAAUGAAGAUUUGAACAAAGUGGACGAAGACGUUUUGAUUAUGAAGAAGGCUCUAAUGAACGAGACGUACGAAAAGAACCUGAUAAAACCUGGCGACGAAAACUUCAAAUAUGAUGUCGUUCUACAAAUGGAAAGUGAUCAAAAACUUGAAACACAUGAGUGGGACGAGUCAUCCGAUCUCGAUCCAUUUUAA